UUUCUGAGCAUCUCUUUUAGCAGACCAUCCAAAACUUGUAAUCUUUCCAUUUCCAUGAUCCCAACAUUCUUCCAACACCCUCUUAACUGGAUGAUUCUCAUUAUGUCCUUUUGAAUCAAUCCAAUAUGUCAUUGACAGUUUAUGCCUAUGAAGAUAUAAAGGUACUUCCCCCAUUUCCACCUGCAAGGCUGGAAUUGGGGACAACUUAAAAGCAUAUUCUUAGGGCUUGGACCUGCACUGAUUCUAUCUUUUAAUUAUAGAUGUUGAUGCAUAACCAUAAAUUAUACUCCCAUAGUCAACUGAUGACCUGAUUACUGCACAAUAUAUUCUUUUUAAUGAUAUUCUUCUAGCUCCCCAUUCGACUCCUGCCAAACAUCUUAAUAUAUUUUUGCUUUUUAUACACUUCUCUAUCAGAUUCUUAGCAUAAAUGUUAAUCUAGAUUCCAACCAUAUUCCCAGGUAUUUUAUUACUGGAACUUGUUCUAGUACCUGAUUAUAUAAUUUCAGUUUAACCUUUGGGGCAGUUUUCUUUUUUGUGAAGCUCAUCACUUGAGUUUUAGUCACUGACAAGUGGAAACUCCACUUAGUAGCCCAUUUCUCUACUUCAACCACUGCUGCUUGUAUACUCCGUUCCACAUAAGUUAUAUUACGUCCUCUUUUCCAUAUUGCCCCAUCAUCAGCAUAGAGUGAACAUCCAAUGUCUACUUUAACAUUAUUAAAAACAUCAUUUAUCAUUAUAUUAAAUAAAACUGGACUACAAACACUUCCCUGGGGAGUUCAAUUAUCUAUUGUAUAAACCUUGGAAUAUUGUGAUCCUACCCUAACUUGUCCCAUUCUUUCUAAUAAAAAGUCCAUAACCCAGUAAAACAUUUUCCCUCAAAUUCCCAUAAUUUUAAUUUUGAUUAAUAAUCCUUCUUUCCAUAACAUAUCGUACGCUAUUCUAUGUCAAAGAACACACCUACCAUCUCUUUAUCAGCUUGUGCUUUUUUUAAUGUCUGCUUCCAAACAUAGGCUAACACAGCAACUACAGUACUGUGACCUGUCCAAAAUCCACUCUGAUUUUGUGUUAAGACCUUUCCGUAUACAAGUAACCUGUAUAUAAUAAUUUUCUCCAUGAGUUUACACAAAUAAACAGUUAAAGCAACAGGUCUAUAGUUAUUUGGGUUAAAUGGAUCCUUUCCAGGGUUUCCAACAGGCACAAUAAUUCCAUGCUUCAGAGGGAAGUUUACCUGAAUUCCACACCUUAUUAAACAAACUUAAUAUUUUACUCAAUGAACUAUCUGAUAAAUGUUGAAUCAUCGCAUAACAUAUAUCAUCAUUGUAAGGAGAUGAUUGUUUAACUGCUCCUGAUUUGUUGUUAUGUGACAGAAGUAACUUGCAAGGCACGCAACUGCAGCAGUCUCGUGAUGGGGGCGGUUUGGCGUCAGUCUUUCCAGUCUGGAGUCUGACGCACUCCGCCAGCCAAUAAGCUCAUGUAGCACUUCAGCACCCGAGUCCGCUGUUGAAGCAGGAUUUCUUCAAAUAAAGAUGGCAGAUGUUGUCGAAGGAGAUGGCACUCGCUCCGCUGCCCCUUCUAUGCUUCACUCAUCGGCUCGUAACGGCUCCGGUAUGAGCUCGGGGACAUGCGCCGGCGGGCACGUCGCCACCACGGUCACCUCCGGGCCUCGGCUGGUCCGCAUCGUCAAGUCAGACUCGGGCUACGGCUUCAACGUCCGCGGGCAAGUGAGCGAAGGAGGGCAGUUGAGGAGCAUUAACGGUGAACUUUACGCUCCGCUGCAGCACGUCAGCGCCGUGUUACCGGGCGGCGCGGCAGACCGAGCAGGAAUCUCAAAGGGCGACCGUAUUCUUGAAGUGAAUGGGGUGAAUGUAGAAGGGGCCACUCAUAAACAGGUGGUAGAUCUCAUCCGAGCAGGCGAAAAAGAGCUGGUCUUGGCUGUCCUGUCGGUGCCUCAGACAGAGACGGACAGCCUUGAUCCUGGGGACGAUGGCUCAUGCCAAUCCUGCUAUGACUACAGCGACAAGCAGGCCGUGCCCAUCUCUAUGCCCACCUACAAACAUGUGGAGCAGAACGGGGAGAAGUUUGUAGUCUACAAUGUAUACAUGGCAGGCAGGCAAUUGUGCUCUAAGCGCUAUCGGGAGUUUGCCAUCUUGCAUCAGAAUCUGAAGAGGGAAUUUGCAAACUUUUCAUUUCCCAAGCUGCCGGGGAAAUGGCCUUUCUCCCUAUCUGAACAACAGCUAGACGCUCGCAGACGAGGGCUUGAGGAAUACUUAGAAAAAGUAUGUUCUGUUCGUGUAAUUGGGGAGAGCGACAUCAUGCAGGAGUUUUUGUCAGAGUCAGAUGAGAACUAUAAUGGUGUUUCUGAUGUGGAACUGAGGAUAGCCAUGCCAGACAAAACUACAGUUACGGUCUGGGUGCGGAAGAAUUGCACAACAGACCAGGUCUACCAGGCUGUAGUAACAAAGAUUGGGAUGGACAUUAUUACUGCUAGUUAUUUUGCUCUAUUUGAAGUCAUUAACCACUCCUUUGCACGCAAGCUGGCCCCUAAUGAGUUCCCUCAUAAGCUGUAUGUGCAGAACUACACAUCUGCCAUCCCAGGCACCUGCCUCACACUCCGCAAAUGGCUCUUCACUACAGAGGAAGAGAUUCUGCUCAACGACAACAAGCUGGCUAUCAACUAUUGCUUCCAUCAGGCUCUAAAUGAUGUGAAAAAGGGAUUCAUCAAAGUGGGGGAGAAAUCCUACCAGCUCCAAAAGCUUACUGAACAGCGGAAAAUGACCAUGUAUUUAAGUAUUCUGAGGGCAUGUGAGGGCUACAAUGAGAUCACUUUCCCUCACUGCUCCUGUGACUCGCGUAGGAAAGGUCACGUCGUCACUGCGAUAAGCAUCCACCACUUCAAACUCCAUGCAUGCACUGAGGAUGGUACUCUAGAGAAUCAGGUGAUUGCGUUUGAAUGGUCAGAAAUGCAGAGAUGGGACACGGAUGAAGAGGGAAUGGCUUUCUGUUUCGAGUAUGCGCGAGGGGAGAAAAAGCCUCGCUGGGUCAAAAUCUUUACUCCAUACUUCAACUACAUGCAUGAGUGCUUCGAGAGAGUCUUCUGUGAGCUCAAAUGGAGAAAAGAGGUUGAAGAGGAGGCCACAGACAAGGACAAUAAAAACUGCAGUAAAGAUGGUAUGUGCAGUAAGAAUAUCUUCCAACUGUUGAGACACAGAAGGGAUGGAGGCACAUGAACGAAGAGAUCAUCUCCUCUUGAGUCCUCAAGUACAUGCAUAUGCAUAUACACAAACAUUUAUAGCUGCAUACAGAGUAUUUCAAAUCAGUCACAUACAUCUUAAUCUAUGACACAUUCUUAAGUACUCUUCUUCAAUCCAAGGCUGACAAAAAAGAAGAUAUAAAGCAGGAAAUUACACAACUACAGUACAGUGAAGGAAAUAAGUACACUUUUAAAGACAUUCACAAUCACAUAAUUUCAUUGGACUGGACUGAUCUCGCUAAUGCUCCUGGAGACAGGAAUAGUGUGGUUGAAUGACAUAUGCCAUUCAUACCUUCAGAUGAACACAUCCUGGUCGUUGACAUGGCACCAGCAUUGCAAUUGGUCCAGGUGACUAAUACACAUUGUGUGGCUGGUCACAAGACAAGGUCUUCAGACUGGUUACUCUUUCAGAUGCAAGUGUUUACAAACUUGAGUUCAAGAGACAGUGUUUCAUGGGAAUGUGGUUAAAACGAAGAGACAGGAGUGUGUUUAUUUAAAAACAUGGAAACCUCAGUGGUGGAACUAAGGCAUGAUACUGACAUUAACACAAGCUCAUACACCUGUGAGGGCAGAGAUGCUCUCUCAGAAUGUAUCAAUAAAAAAAAUAAAAAAUACAAAACAAAAAAAAUGCAAAAAUAAUUACUACAUUUUUCACCUGGACAAUCAGAGUGAGAGAGGGAAAGAGAAAAUUUGCUUUUUCAACCUAUUUAAAAAGAGGGCAAGAGAGACAAAUCAAUACUUUCCAUGGUUUUUCACACUAAUUUGUCUGUUACCUCACUAUUGCCACUAUGUUGGUAGUAGGUUUGUAAAGAUUGUCAGCACUAUUGCUGAACUGAGGUUUUAUUUUAUUUUUUUGUUCUCUCAUCUGUCUUUUAUUCUCUAAAGCAGUAUUUGAUUGCAUUAGCCAUCGCCAGGCUCAAUGGAAUUUUUAGAACUGAUUUGGGGGGCAAAUAUCUGUGGAAUUCUGCAGUAUGGGUUUAAAUGUGGUGCAGUGUUCUUAUUGGUAGCUAAAAGCAUGAUCAAAAUAGCCUAAAUAUUUAAUAAACGAAGAUGCAAGGGGCAGGGAAUAAGUUGAGCUUAUGGGUCAUUGUACGUUGAAUAAUGGGCUUUGGAAUUCAUCUGAGCUUUCUGCUGAUUUAUGCGGGUGUAGAUUCCAUAUUGGCCUGGCCUUGCCCGCUAAUGAUCUGUGCCAGUGCUCUGUGUGGGUGCUUUCUCUGCACUUAAAGGGAUAGUUCACCCAAAAAUAAAAAUUCUCUCAUCAUUUACUCACCCUAAUGCCAUCUCAGAUGUGUAUGACUUUCUUUCUUCUGCAGAACACAAAUUAUGAUUUUUAGAAGAAUAUCUCAGCUCUGUAGGUCCAUACAAUGCAAGUGAAUGGGUGCCAAACUUUUGACACUCCAAAAAGCACGAAGGCAUAAUAAAAGUAAUCCAUACGACUCCAGAGUUUUAAUCCAUAUCUUCAAAAGUGAUAGGAAAGGUGUGGGUGAGAAACGGAUCAAUAUUUGAGUCUCUUUUUUUUUGUUGCUAGAAAAUCUUCUCCCUGCCUAGUAGGAGGCGAUAUGCACGAAGAAUAUGAAUCACCAAAAACACAAGAAGAAGAAUGUGAAAUUUCAAGUGGAGAUUGACUGAGUAUUGAGGAGAAUUUAUAGUAAAAAAAAGAAAUUGAUCUGUUUCACACCCACGCCUAUAAUAUUGCUUCUGAUGACAUGGAUUUAACCACUGGAGUCAUAUGGAUUACUUUUAUGCUGACUUAUGUGAUUUAAAAAAUUUUGGCACCCAUUCACUUGCAUUGUAUGGGCCUAAAGAGCUGAGAAAUUCUUCUAAAAAUCUUAAUUUUGAGUCCAGCAGAUGAAAGAAAGUCAUACACAUCUGGGAUGGCAUAAGAGUGAGUAUGAGAGAAAUUUCAUUUUUGGGUGAACUAUCCCUUUAAAUUAUUUGAUUUGUUUUAACAGUGCUAUGAAUGUGAAGCACUGAAUUGGAAAGCCAGAUUAGUUAUGUGCUAGUUAUGUGUAUGAGUGAAUGUUGGACUGGUUGGUUUAUGAGUUUUGGGCUGUCAUGCCCUCAUUGAGCAGUAGAUGGCUCUGACCACACCUGAUGUCAUCUGCCUUUGAUGUCAUUUUAACUGUUUUACUUUUCCAUUUUACUUAUUGUAGCGCAGGCGCAUACAAACCUGUCACUCCAGACCAGUCAUGACAUGUUUUGCACUUUUUAAAUGACGUAUGUGUGAGUCUGUGUCUGUGUGUUAAAGACUGACUGCAUGCCAUUUCUGUCCUGUACUGUCCCAUGAACCUUCUGAUGAAUUUUCUGAGUGUCAUCGCAUUCAUAGACAAACCGAGCGAGCAAGCGAUGUGAAUUGAAUGACCUGAGGAUUUGUGUUCUGUUGGACCCACAGCUGUCUCAGCUAACAGUUAUAUGCUGGUUAUCAUGGGAUUUCACAGAAUCUUGCAAAGCCUAGGCCUAAGCAUAUGAUUCAAAUCUCUCUUUGUUCUUGUUAAAAGGAUGGCAUGUCAUAGACUUUUAGAUAAGACUUUUGUCUAUGUCUGUGUGUGUGUGUCUCUUCCCCUCUCUCAUUCUUCAGAUCUACACUUUCAUUCUCUCUCUGUUCGUUUGCUCUGGUUGUGUUCUUUCUCUCUCUUUGACUGAAACUUUAAUUUAUUAUACAAAUAUCUCCAUGUACAGUAUUUUCAGCUGUGUGAGUUUUUGGGUAAUCUUUUCAAAUAAGGCACAAAAAGAGCAUUUACAAAGCAACUCCAAGGAGUAGUGUAAACUGAAAUAAGCAAUGUAGGGAGCAUACUGCAAAUAAAACAAAAAGCAAGACAAACAGUAUACUAGGAGGUUUUGAUCUAGAAAUGUAAAGUUGACAUGGACAAAACUUUGUGUACAAGCAAAAUGUUUGGUAAUGUUUGGUCAUAACAGUAUAAUAAAAUGUAACAUAUUCUUUUAAAUAAAUUGAUUUAU